GGCAAUAUUAUUUCUUUCACCCUCGCGCGAGCACACUGUACAACCACAUACGCGUAUUAUUGUUAAUAUUAUACGUCUUCUAGUUGUCUUCGCCGGAAAUUGAAACAAGAAUACGUGACCGGAACAGCAGACAACGUCCUAGACAAACAGACGAGUGCCGACGAAAACAAUCGGUAGCCGCGGCGAACCGCCACAUUUACCCACGCACCUACAGCCCGACGCGAUGGGAUGCGCUGGAAGCAACCCUAUUCCUACGAGCGAAACAGUGGUCGAGUCCAAUGGCCCCACGGCCGCCGGCAACAAGCCACUGAUGAACGACUCAUCAGCCACCGCCGCCGUGGACGAUAAACCCCAAUCGAUCGUCCAAAAGGUGGUCGGCAACGUCAAAAUCGACGACAUGGUCAAAAAGAUUCAAGGUAUAUCAGCACAUUUAUCUCCACAGUGCAGUGUAAAAUUUUUGUUCGUGGGCACGGGGUAUACGUAAUAAGCAGGUGACUCUAAUAUAUGCCUCUGAAUAUCGGUAACAACAAUUAUGAUGCAGAAAAAUUGUAAAUUUACCGAUUUAUGAACAAAAAAUUAAUAAGACCGGCCCAUGUAUAUAAUAUUAUGAAUUUAGGACCAUAAUAUUAUAUGAGAAAGUCAACCAGGAAAAUUUCUGAAUUCUCGAUUGGCCAAUAGUGGGGAUCCAGUCGUCAAAAUUGUGUAUUUACGAUUUAUUUUUGGAGUAAUCACCAUUGACAAUUGAACAAAAAAUCGGUGUCUCAAGGGAACUCUAUCCACUAUCUCCUUUUUUAUUAUGCUGCAUACACGUGAGAUACACCGAGUACGACCACGAUUUUCCUAAAACAUGAUGCUAAAAUGCUAAUUAAGUUAAUUAAUAAUUUUAAUAAAUUAAGAAAACUUAUUUUAUACAUUUUUAUAAAGUCUCUGAAGAGAUGAUAACCACCAGGACCACUAAUCUUAUUUUUAUUUUAAGUAUAUAAGUAUACAUUAUCCUGCAUAUGGAGAAAAUUAUCGGUGUACGAGUAACACACGUCCCCCUCCCCCCCAUAGAUAAUUCCCGGAAACGGCGAAUAAUUUAAAAAAUCCAAAGUAAUUUUCGCAACAUUCGUUAAUAUAUCAAUUCUGAACUCUAUUCACAAAAACGUUCUUAGAAUUCGAAUAAUAAUAUGAUGAUGAUUUAUCGUUGCUUUCAAUGCUUUCCAUAGUAUUAUGUUUACAGAAAACCAAUUAUACUCGUAGCCGUCAAGCACUCAUCUACCCGUGACGACGACGACUUAUUUUUUUUUUUUCGGACGGUGUAAUGUAGUAGGUAUAUCCAUAAGAAACGAAAAAAUCUGAUAUUUCUUGAAUCGUCUUCUCACACCACUCCACCCCUAUAAAGGUUCGGAUACGCCACUAUGCCAGUGCGGUGAACGUCAUUUGAAAGUUUUUAUAUAAAUAUCGUUCGUUUAUAAUAUAUAUCUGCAUUCUGCACCUUGCCAUAACACCAUUCACUCUGCGCUGCGCUACGAUUGAUGAUUUAACGGAUCUUAGGCUAACGAUAUUAGACGAAGGACUGCAGCAGACGACCAAAAUACGAUUUAUCUGUAUUAAAUUGUACUUAUAUUAUGUACACGAGAAAUCGCCUUCGUAAUAUUAAAUAUUUAGGUAGGUAUAUAUUAAUUAAUAAAGUGCAAUACUUACAUCCUUAAAUAUAAACAUAAAAUUAAAUUUAUAAAAAAAAAAAAAUUACUUUUACUCUCCAAAAUAAUUUUAUCUACAUAAAACCAAAUAAUAACGAAAAAAAAAAAAUCGAAUUUUUAAAUACUUUUAAAUAGCUUCAAAAUUAUUGCAUUUAGAAAAGGCUAGUAUAUAUUACAUAGUAUUUAGUGAAAAUUACAGGUCUCUGCAAUUAUUUUUAACCGAACGACCAUAAAAAACAAGAUCAAAUAUUAUGAAAACUGAUACUGCGUGAAUUUUUGCAUUUUUUCAUAAGUUUUUUCUGGGGUUUUCAUAGUUAAUCAGAACUACAAGGGAAAUCAAAAAUGUCCUCCCAAAUGCAUUAAUUAUACAAAAAUCGUUUUUCGCAAAAAUCUGCUAUUUAUUUGAUGAUCAGAAUAAGAUUGCAGGUAGACAAAUUGUUUACAGGCGGAAAAAAAAUACACACACCAUGAAAAGCCAUCAUAUUUGUCGCUACAUUCAAAAUCUAUAGAUUUCGGACGGAGCGAAGAAUCUAUUUUAGCUUUACUAUUAUGUAUAAUAUGUAUGUGAAUUUUUAAUUUGUUCUCGAAAACACUUUCGGUUUUUAAAAAUAAUAUAAUUUAAUAGACACUAUAAAUUACAUUCAAUGUGCAAAUUGUAGCAUUGUUAUUAAACAUUUGUAUUUUAAACAAUUAUUAAUUCGUGGAUUGUAGUAGGCAGGGGCGCAAUGGCUCAACAAUUAUUACCUACCAAAUAUAUAUAUCCAAGCAAAAUUAAUUUUUAUCAUUUCUUGAUACCAUACAAAUAGUUGUAUACCUAAUUACAAUUUUUAUUUAGAGCAGACGUAUAAAAACACAGUUUUGGACUACAUAUUUGUAAGCAAUUUUCAUCACCAUUCGGUAACCAAUAACCAUUUAACAUCUUUUCCAUAUAGUAUUCACCAUACAAUUUAUUUUUUCCAAAGGAAAAUAUUUAAGCCAACACAUUCACUAUAAGUACAUUAAUGUACAAUGCCAAUGGUUUUUUUUUCAGUAAAAUACACUUCAGUAUUCUGUGUUGGACAUAUUGCAUUUUAAAUGUAAAAUUAUAAAUAAAUACUAUCUAGUUCAAUUUUGACGAUAAAUAAUAUAGGACUUCAUAAGUAUAAAUGGUACAAAUGUGUCUGAAAUUGCUAAUAAAUAAAAUGACUUUCUCCAACUUGGCUACAUUUUCUAUAGCAGAAACAAAUCCUAAAAAUGAUGAUCGAAGCAAAAUUUCUGUUAGAAAAAUUAUUUACAGACAGAAAAACAAAUAAAUAUAGAUUUCAAAAAAACUCACAUGCGUCAGAAAAUAUAAGGAAAAAAUAGGUUAGGUCAAGACUUAACAUUUACAUUUAUGUCACGAAUCAGUUAAUAAUUUGUUGUAGUCAAUUACUAAAAAUUCGGAAUUUUCACAAAAUGAAACAAGAUUUAUUUGAUGGUGUCGGCUUACUCUAAUAAAUAGGUUAUAAUGGACCUGCGUCAAUCUUAUAUACUUAUAUGCAUACACCACUAUUACCAUAAUACCAAAAUUUAGUACCAAAUUCGCCAAGACGUCUACAAUCGUUUUGAAUAAGUGUGGGUUUAUUACACGUAUGAAUAAUUACGUGUGCACCAACCUAUAGUAAUAUAUAACCGAUUUUUUAGCGUGAUAUCCACUCCUCGUAUGGGAUAUGCAUAGAUAAUUUGGUGAUGUAUACUUUCCGCCCACGCGUUUUCCGAUCUUUACCUUUUUCUUGCUGUUUCCGCUCGUUAUUGUAAUCUUUACCUGCUGAAAUUAAAUAAGGUGGACUAUCCACUCAAUAUUUUUUAACACCUCUAUAUUUUUUGCAUUUGGAACACACAUAUAUUCUGCCGUUUCCUUGAAUAUUUGUCCAACCUUCGUUAAAAUAAAUCCAGAACAUUUGGCUGUUACAUCAACAUUUUGUACUUUUCGUUUUUUUAUUUAUUCAAUAUUCAUAAUCGUAAGACACAGCUUACCCUUAAAUAUUUCGGAAAAUAACAAUUCACAUAUUCUAGAAAAUUUCAACAUUACGUAACAAAAGUCAAAAUACAACUAUAUAAUUUUAAAUUUUGAGCAAAUAAUUAUAACAGGUAAAUAACGAUAACGAGCAGAAAUAGCACGAAAAAAGUGAAGAGCGGAAAACGUACGGGCAGAAAGUACGCGGCGCCGAUAAUUUUCACUAACUCAAAAAUAUUCAAACUCACCAAUGAAUAAAUUUACGAACAAUUAUAAUUAUUCCGCUAAUAUAGACAUCCAGUAAUCAUUCCCCCAGCCCCGAAUAAUCUAAAAUUUAGAUUAUUUAAUUAAGAUUCUAAAUGGUAUAAAAAAUCGUUUUGCGUGAGAAAUUAUUUCUUUCUGUUUUUAUACAAUAUAGUUUAUACAUGCAUAAUACAUAUAGUAGAAUUAAGUAUUGAAAUUUUACAACAAUUUAAGACAUAAAUACAAUUACAGUUUUCUGUUUGUAAACUUUCAGUUGUUUUUUUUUUUGAAUCAUUUACUUACAAGUUUAAACCAUUGUUAACGAAAAACGAUUUUGAGCAGAUUAUUAUAAAUUGUUAAUCGUAUUUUUUUUCUUUUAGUUACCAAAAUAAUUCAGAAAUCAACAAAAAAUGAUACUAAUGAUAAUAAUUUUUACUUAUUCCCAUUUAUUAAGAAAAUAACAAAUACAAUCAAAAAAAUGACGUCCUUAACGCACCAACUAAUUAAAAAAUGUUACUAGAAGGUUCCUAUAAGUUGGAACAAGAUUUUUGGUAGGAAAAUUGUUUACAGACACAAAUAAUAAAAACACAUAUAGUAAAGUCAAUAUAUUCAGAAUCGAAUAUGAUAUAACUUCCGUUUUAAAGCUCACGAACGCAUAAAUUAUUAUAGCUUAUCAUCCAUCACUAGUCAACGCACUUAUUAUUCACAUGCUCACAUUCAAAAUAUUAUUUACAAAAUGUCGUGUAAAACGAUAACACUUAUACAGCUAAGACAUUAGGGACCUACUGAGUUGUAAAAAAAACGUACACGCAACGAGAAAUGAAAUAAAGCUUUAAAUUAUUUUUAUACGGGCUUAAUGUGCUAUGUGUGAGUUCAUUGUUUCUUUAUUAAAGAAAUAUACCCGAUUAAUACGCUUAAAUUAAAGUAGGUAAACACCGAUGAAUAUACAAUAUUAUAACUGUAAUAUUCAUUUUAAUUUUGUUGAAAAAUACGAACAGUAAAUAACUAUAGGACAUAUUAUUAUAUAGGUACUACAACUACCGCAAAGAAAGUACAUAAUAUUAUAUAAUUGCAAAAUUAUAAUAAAGUAAGAAUAAUUUAUAUUCUGUCUUAAAUUGUAUGUUAAAUAAUUUUAACUGUAUAAGUGUUGGUACACAGUAAAUAAUAUUUGUAUUUUUUUUGUUAAAUCGAAUACAUAUUUAUAUGAUUAAUGAUAAUAAUUUAAAUGUAUAUAUUACGGUACCUGAAAUUUAUUUUCAUUAUUUUCUUUUUUCCAACAAUUUUUUUAUUAGACGUAUAUUAAGUUAAAAUUAAAUUAAAAUGGUUUAUAAUUAUUAUCCUCCUGCAAAAGCCACUAAACAAUUGAUAAACAAUAGCUCUUAAAAAAAAAUGUGUAAAAUAUUAUGUUCCUAAAUUUAGGUUUUUUUGUUUUUUUAACAAUUUAAAGCAUUUGAAGUGUCUAUACAAAUAAUCUGUAUAAUAAAUUAGUACAUUUCAUAGGUUUUUAGUAAUAUUUUAGAAGCUUGUAUAAUGGAUAAUGAUAAUAUAUGAGUCAUAUUGCGCUAUAUAUGAUUUCAUCUCAUACCGUCAUAGUAUGUACCAUAUCAUGUAUUAUUAGGUAAUUAAUUUUGUUUUAAAAUUACAAAAUAAAUAGUAAAUUUUUUACUAUAGUAAACAUGUUGAAUAUGCAUACCAAACAUUAAUAAAUAGUCCAUAAGUGAAAUAUUUGAGAAUUAUUAUUGAUAACAAAUAAAAAUACAAUAGGUGCCAGAUAAUAUUAAUAAUUUAUAUGAACUUGAUUUAUUGGACACAUUUUGAUCAAUUUAUAUUAAAUAUCUAUUGUUUAGAAUGAAAUCGGGUAAUUUAAUUUGAAUUAUAGAGAGCUGUUACUGCUGAUGGGUAUGCCACUGUUGUAAAUGGAAAGUUGAGAAGGUAAAAUACUUAAAGUUAUUUAAUUUAUAUAUGUAAGUAACGGUAAAUCAUGAUUAUUUUUGAUAACAAAAAACAAUUCUGAGUGGAACCCAGUUAAUAGAUUCUUUAAAAUAAAUUACAUCAAAAUGCAUAUUAUUCAACUAUACAUUAUAUAGUAAAAUAUACCGCCGUCGCCGUUAAUCUGUGUUUUCAAAGAGAUUAUAAACCAGAUCAUUUCUAAUUUAAUACGUAUUGCAUAUUAAAUAGGUGUAAAACACUUCUCAUCUCCUCAUUCCUAUGAUGAAAACAUCAAUCUUUUGUUAUUAUUAUUAUAGCACUAGGUCAUUUUCAUGUAUCUACGUUCUGCAUGCAUAUAACUUGAUAUUACACAAACUAUACUCAAAAGUGGUCUUAUAAAUCAGGUGGGAGUGUGUGUGUGUGUUUGUGAGUGUGUGUGCGUGUUUCUUACGCUAUUAAAAUAAUCGUUAAUAAUUAUUAUAUAAAAUGUAGAUGAAAUCUAUUCCCUAGUAUGUUGUAACUACACACAAUAUUUAAAAAAAAAAACACUCGUUAGCUAUUUAUUUCUGGUUGUAAGCGCUUUAAUUUAAAAAUUGAAAAUAAAUUAUUUCACUUUGAUUUUCAUAGAGAUAAAUACCUACGAGUGGUUGGACAUACUAAGUAUAAAAUAUAUUCAAAAUAAUAUCUCUAGGCUACACGCUUUGUUACUGUACUAUCGGUUAUAAAUGUAUCUAUACACAUUUUAAGAAAACGCAUAUACUUACAAGACAUAUUAUUGGCUUUGGAUAUUUUUUUUUUUUCAAUUGGUUUAAUAUAUGAAACGGUUAUUAAAGGAAAUGGCACAAUGAGUGGCAAUCGGGGUGGGGGAGAGGGUGAAGAGGCUAUGCCGAAUCAUGUAGAUGUUGGUUAUCAAACCAUAAUACACUCGCGAAUGACUAUGGCUAAUAAUGGCUUAGUUUUAGGCUAGAGUUUUAUAAAGUUUGUAUAAAUAAAAAAAGCAAACCAUACUGCUAACAAAUUUGAAUUCCCUUUGAAGAUACUAAACAGAUAGAAAGAUAUCUAAUUUACAAAUCAGAAUCAAGAUUAAUUAACUGAUGGUCCCAAGCAAUUUUGUUGUACACAUAUAUUUAUUAUACAUACAUUGACUCAUUUAUUAAUCAACUCGAAUUUAAAUUUAAUGACCCCAAAAUUAUUUUAAACGGCAUUCAAUCUUUUUUCGAUACAAAUGCUAAAAAAAGUACAUCUAUAAAAUUGAUUGAUACGUAUAAAGAAGAUCUUCACCUACAUCAUUUAUAAUUAUAAAAUUCAAAUCAUGAAAAAGAAAAUUUAACUACAUGAGUGAGAUGCCAAAUAAUCAGUAGCUAUUUUUGGAUGCACGACACACGUGCACUAGGAAAUUCCAAAUGUGCACUACAAAAAAUUAAAAUGUGCAUCUUCCACCUGCAUUUUUACUAUAGAUGAGUCACAAAAUUCCGCAAAUUUAAGAACAUUUAACAUUUUUUUUAUAUACUUGCAGUUUAAUUUAUCCUCGAUAGAUACUCAUUAUAUCGGAAAGUAUUUACUUUUUCCAAUUUUUUUUUUUUAACAACUUAUAAAACAAAUAGCUUUAAUAUGUUAUACUACCAUUUUUUCUUUUUUUUUAUUUCUUAUUUUUAAGAGUUCUACUUUUAAGUUUUAAAUAACAACCUGUAUUGAAAAUUCAAUAAAUAGAUAACGUUUUAGUUAAAAUAAAUUUUGAUGUUGAAAUGUUUAAUUUCCGUCAACCAUAUAUAAUAUGUCAAACUCAAAAUUUAUUUAUUUCAAAACCUAGCAACAGUCCCAGUAUCAACUGUUUCAAACGAAAGAAAAGUUUUGAAAUUGAAGUUAAUAAAAACGUACUUUCAUUAUAUUUCCGGACUAAUAUUAACAUUUUAUUCAGUUUUAUUUAAUAUAUUUAUUAGAGUAAAAUUUACGUUUAUGUUAUUAUAAAUUAUUAAAAUCAACCCAUGCUAUUUUUACCUGUGUAGUACCUAUAUCAUGCUGGAACUCAAAAAAUAUGGUUAGACCCUCUUCCAAAAAAUAAUUGAAAAUACACCACUGAUGCAAUCUGCACUACGAUUCUCAGUACAUUCGAAUAUUGCGCUACCAAAAAUUAUAAGGGAAGAAACAUUAAUGACUUUUUAUUAAGAACAGUUCUCAAAUUGUGGAGGACGGAGCUCCUCAAUUAUUUGUGUCCCCUUAAUAGUUAUUUCUAAAGAAACGGAGAGACCGUACGUCUUUUUUGCAAAUGACGAUAUUUUCAAAAAACAUGUACCUAUUAUCAACUCAAAUUUUAUAUUGAAUAUUGUAAAUAUUCCGUUAGUUAUCGACUUAUCGUUAAUAACGGAAAUCCAAUCAAAAUAGUCGAAAAUACGAUAGUCCAGGCAAGUAUUUAUCAUACUACACAAAAACUAUUGACAACUAUACAUAGUAAUUGGUUAAAAUUAUAAAUGUAUCACAUUUAACAGAGUAAAUAGUUAAUUUAUAUAGUCCCCAGUUGGUAUAGCAAAUUUCACGAAAUUGUAAACAAUUUAUUAUAAUAUUCAAAUAUUUUAGUUAUCAUUCAAAAUAACUAUUUAUUAUGCAUACUCACUAAAUUUAUCACAUUAAUAGUAUCUACAAUAUAUAUCAGAAAAUCAUAUAUUGUAUUUUUAACCAGCUGUUUCAAACUAACAACACUAUAGUUGAUCGUAGGUAUGUCUUACUUAUAUUUAUUAAACUCAUUUCAAUAUAAGUACAGUUAUAAGUUUUGUGUCAUUAUUAUAUGUAAUCGUUUCAAACACCCGUCUCAACAAUCCAAAUGCGAUACGUGAUUAUUGAGAAUUUAAAAUUUAAUUACAUUGAACCCACGAUAGAAGUUACGAAAAAUAUUAAUGCAUACUUACACUUGAUAAUUCUCUAUAUAAUAUGUAGGUGUUACCGGGCAACAAAUAAUACUUUUAAAAAAAACCUAUCAAUGAACAAAAAAUAAAGGAAACUAUUGACAUCUACGGCUGUAAGUAUUUACUUACACACAUACACACACACACACACCACCUCAUCCUUUCAUGUGUGUUGACGCACUCUUAUAUUCUAUUGUCAAUACACGACCAUAUUUAUUAUACAUUGUUAAUUUAAAACCGAUUAAAUGGGUCAAUUGCUAUAAUAUGCGGAAUCGGAAGUGAAUUGGUGAAACGUAUACUGUAGAUAGAUAGAGGGGCAGGAAUGAUAGUAGAUAGGAAUACGCGGGUUCCUACUCUGUCAAGAAGCCCCUCGACAAAAGGUUCGCGUCCCGACGAAUGAUUAUAAAUUAUGAUAAAUGAAACUUUUACUAUCUAAAAAGGACGGAAAAGAAAACAAAACGUGAAAAAAAAUGUCUUAUACAAUAUGUGAACUAUACACACUUUUACGUCUUCUUGCCAACGCCCUUACCAGAAAUGGAAUGUGUAAAUUUUGUUUGUCUUUUUCACGUUUGAAUAUAAUUAUAUAUAUUAUAUAAGUACUUUUUAUUUUAAUGUCUAUAAUAUGUCUAAGGGAAUAUUAUUUUGCGAUAAAACUAAAUGAGUUUUGUUAUGUUUUAGAUUCUGAGCGUAUAGCAGUGGUACCGAAGUCAAUUUUAAAACAUACCAAAGGUAUAAACAAAUUGACCAAAAAAUGUAUAAAUAUCUAUAGAAAAUGUAUAAUAAUAAUAAUAAUCAUACUAUUAUAGACUGUAAAUAUUGAUUAUUAAUAAUAAAAACUGUGCCACCGACCACCACCACCCAACAAGUUAUAUAGGUAUUGUGCCCGCAAUAACUGACAUUUAGAUCAACGCCACUGACGUAUAGUGAGGAACGCAUUGGUUUUUCUAUGAUGAGUACCUUUUUUAAUAGAAUUAGGAAAAGAACAAACUGGCACUGAGGGCAUAUUAUGGCAACUGAAUCUAAGACAAAAAUAAGAAAGAAUCGUAUUAUGUCAUACCAUAGUAUGACUUAAAGUCAAUGAACAAAUACAUUGUGUCUAAAUAUAAAAAAAUUGUGGAUUUCAAUGAUUUAAUUGAGUACCUUAAAGUCAUUAAACGUAAUUAAAAAUUUUAAUUUUAAUACUUUUAUAAUAAGAUAUAAUCUGUUUAAAUAUAAUCUGAUUUUAAUGAGAUCAAUGAGACUAUUGGGCAUCAUUUUAAAUGUAUAUAUUUUUAAUUUUUAAUUUUAAUAUUAAUAUAUUUAUAUUAAGAUAUAAUGAGAUAUGAUCUUAUUAGAUAUAAUCGGAUUUUAAAAUAGAACUUUUUUAAAUCCAGAACUUAUGGAAAAAUGGCAUUGGUGAAAAGAACUUUUGGGAAAAAAAGCAUUGAAAAACUGGGUAUAUCUUCGUGAGAUACCUAUAGGAUAACAAUUAUAUUUAUUGCUAGUUUAAUACAAGCGAGGAGAAAUCAAUGAUCAAUAAUAAAUAUUAUUGUUUUAGAUAUACCAACACUUAAGAUGUUGAUAUUAAUGCACCUAUAGGUGAUCCAAAUGUAUGUAUAAUAGUGAAUACACAGUGAAGGCCUAGAAGUUGACACUUUUCGGAACAAAUUUGACUCAACAAAUUUUUUCUAACUUUAAAGGAAACCUAUUAUGGUUAGUUCUUUAAACACAUGUUCUUUUUUUCCUUCUCCUCCACCUCAGUCAUUUGGGGUCGGCAUCGCUCGUCCUAAAUUUCUACUUGACUCAAUCAUAUAGCACAUGAAUCCAUUGUAUCCCACUACCUCUUUUUUAGUCUUUCUCUUCUUUAUUUCCACCCAAGUAAUUUAUUUUCUUUGUCAUUCAUACUGUUUCUGAUUCCACUUUCUUCAUAACAUUCCCAAACAAUCUCAGUCUAUUUUCUCUCAUUUUUCUACUGCCAAAGCAACGUCUAUGCUACCUCUUUAUUCCUUCUAUCUUUUAUCACCUCUCCAUUCAUCUACCUAAGCAUUCUCAUUUUUGAUACAUUAUUUUUCUGUAUGCCACUCAACACUUCAUACCAGUGAUUUCCAACCUCUUUUAUUCUAUCCCUUUAUAAUUUUUUCAAAAAUCUCAUACCCCUCCCCCUCCUUUUAUAUACUGAAAAAAUUGAUGACCUUUUUUUUAGUAUACUUUAUUAAAUAAACUACACAAUAUUCGUGAUAACUAUUUUUUUACUAAUGAUAAUAGUUAUGAAUUUAUAAUAAUAAUGAGAAUAUAAAUAAUAUUUUGUAGUUAUAUAAAAAUAAAAUUAUCAAUCAAUAUUGAUGUGAGGACUGACAACACUUUUUAAAUGUAGUGGAAAAUGUUUUUAUGUUUGGCUCUAUAAAGCAGAAAGAGCACUUCAAGUCUGAUUCGGAUUAUUAUUUAUUAUUUUAGCGCAUUAUUAAUUUUCGUUUUUUCCCUCGUUUAUUUAAAAUUCACAUUGUAAAAGUAAAUACACCCCCCCCUCCCCCGGGGGGACAUUUUGAAUUCACGCCACCAAGGUUGGGAAACACUACUCCAAAUCAUAAAACAUAGUCGAUCUUAUCACACUUUUGUAGAACUUACCUUUAUGUCUUAUUGGAAUUCUCUUGAUACAUAAAGCACCUGACACUUCUCUCCACUUCAUCUAACCACACUUAAUUCUACGUUACACAUCCUCUUCUAUUUUUCUUUCCACAUACAUCCGACUUGUAAACACAGGUUAAUUUUACUAUUUUCAUGUUUAUAUUGGUGUCCUAAAGUUACCAACAAUACGAAAUCUAACUAAGUUUUUAGAAUGCGAUCGAUUGCAUGGGCUACAGUUUAUGUACAAAUAAGUAUUUACUUACACAGUAUACACCUGCCAUAAGCAAUAUCAGACUCAUAGAGAAGCGAAAUUAGUAGGGAAUAAAGAAGAGUUUCUUAUAUUUCCUUAUUCUUAAGAUUAAAAUGUUAAACAAAUGACCUUAUAAUAUUUUUCACAAAUAUAUCUGUUUUAUAAGAAUGAAAUUGUUUAAUAAUUAUCAGAUAAGUACAUUAAAAAUAUAUAAAUUAUGCAAAAAAUAAAUAAUAGGUAGCCUUAGUAGGUACUUUAAUAAAAAAAUAAUAAUCACAACCUUCCAAGUAUGCAUUAUUGUUAUAGGAAAUACAAUUUUGACUAUGAAAUCAGAUAUCUACCUAGUGUAGGUAUAGAGUAGUAUACGCACAUGCAAAUGUACAAUAUUCCCGUCUCUAUACAAUCGUAAUUAAAAUACUAUUAGAAAACUUACAUUAUUGUGUUAAAACCAAGUAUAUUUCUACUUAUAAAAACACUAAAAGUUCACAACAAAACAAUACAAUAUAAAAAAAAACACUAAAAUGUAAAUUAAAUUAGUUUUUAUUAUAAGUAUAAUGAUACUAUAUUGAUAUAGUAUAUAGCACUUGAAUGAAAGAAACUAAGUACAAGUUAAACAUAGUAGGUAUAAAGAGUAUAAUUUUGGAGGAACAAGACAAGGUAGCUAACGAAAAUAAGCGGUGAUACAAUAGGUAAGGUUGAGAGUUUGAAGUUGGUAUCUUAUAGGAUCUUUUGUACAAAAGAACGGUGACUUCGACGAGAAUCUGAAGUAUAGCACUAAGUAUGGUUGGAUGCGAUUGAGAAUGAUAUGAGAACAACCGCGAAUCGGUGAUGCGAAGUUGGAAAUCAGAUCAAGUGAACGUUAAGAACGAUGAUGUCCGACCCCAAAUAAUUGAAAUGAAUGCGAAAGAAAAGAAGAAUACUAUAUAGAUACAGAAUAUAAUUUUAUAUGCCUUCAAUCUACAAUUGUAGGUGAGAAUUUCAGAAAAUUAAAGUUUGUAGGAUAUUUAAUUAUAAUUUAAUUUAUAUGUGUACGCAGCGAUCAUUACUAUAACAAAAACCAAUUCUGACUGAAGUUUUGUUAAAUAUGUUUUAAUAAACUUAAAUUAUUUAAUAUAAUAUGGCAUCGAAAUAUAACAACAAAAAUUUGUAUCAGUCAAAUUCAGGAUAAUACGCAAAAUGCAGUGAUUUUCAUUAUUUCAUCAAAAUUUAAACUUUUAACACUUAUAAAAAAAAUGGCUUAUUCUGUUUGACACCAAUAGACAAAUGAAUAUCAUAUUUCCGGUAUUGAUUUCCAAUACCUUCAGCCCUGAAUUCAUCUAAUGCCUACUUUGUGGUUUUUGAUUAAUAAUUCUGGAUAUUUAUACCUAUAUAUAUAUAUAUAUAAUUUUAGUUCCUGUAAUACCUUAUAAUAUAUAAACAUACCUAAUUUUAUUAUUUAGAACGUUAGAAAUAUUACGGGCAAUUUUUUUCAACUUACCAUUAUAUAUAGGGACCUAGUUUCCUAUAAUAUUACAUAGUCACGGAAUAAUGUAACAUAUAUAGAUUAUAGAUGGCUGGGUACUUAUUAUAUUAUAAUACCCAAUUUAUCAGUUGAAAUCUAUCUGAAUUUUCUCUUUUUAUAUACCUACUUAUAUGAAAAAUACUCAGUGUUUUAUACAGAAUGAUCAACAUAACGUAAGACACUAAUUGACUGUCUCAGAAGUAUUAAUAUUUUCAAGAUUUGAGAAAUUUAAAAAACAAGUUAAUUAAAGUUUUUAAAUGUUAAAUUUGAAAUAAACAUGUUUUAUAUAUUUAGAUAAAACAUUUAAGAAAAUUCACUCUUAUCAUAACUUUCAAGGGGAUUAAAAAUACUCUCUAAUUUUAGAUUCUGAGUGAAACAAAGGAAUGUCGAAUAUGUAUUGGUUUUACCAUAUAUGAGUUUAUAAAAUGGUAUGUUUCUUUUUUUAUAUUUUUUAAAUUGUAUCUGUAUCGAGGAAUAUAUUAGUUUUAUCAUGUGUGUUUUUUGUGUCUGUAAACAACUUUUUUACCAGAAAUCAACUGCGAUUAUCAACUUUAGGAAUGCUUUCUGAUAGCUCAUUUUGUCUAGUUCGUACAUUGGGAAUUUCAAAUUUUCAACAAACGAAUUGUCAGAAGUAUUUAUAAAGUUUGACACGAUAAAUAACAUUUACAUUAAUAUACAUAUACCUAGUUAUUGCACUUAAGCGAAUAAACAUUUUAAAUGCGAAUAUUAAACAAUUUAAUAUCAAUAUUACACGUUACACACUGCAUGCAAAAGCAAAAUACACAUCUUAUAUAGUAAAACUCGGAGUUUAAUUUUGUUGAAUUCUGAGCAUAGGUCACCUAAUGACAAAUGUAUUGGAUAGUAUAAUGAUGUGAGUUUUUUUUUUUUGUGUGUGCUAGAUACUUGUAUACCAGAAUUCUUAUAAUUAGUAGGUAUUUCAGUAUUUCUGCAAUAUUGUAAAUUACUAAUAAUUGACCAACAAACCUCGACCUGCUUAAAUGCUUAAAUAAACACAAACUUAAUAUUAUGCUAUAUAAACAAUGGCAUAUAGAAUUUGGAUGUAGUCAUGUAGAAUAGACAACCUCUAGUUAUUAAUUAUUAUAAUGGAUGAUGUCAAGAAAAGUACCCUAAAAUGUUUAUUUCUUUACACGAGAUAAACUUUAAACUCAGCGAAAAUUAGCAUUGCUAUGGUUUUUUUUCAAAACUUUAGUCUCGUUGUUUCGUUCAAAUACUCCACUGUACAUGGUAUAAUUUUCAAAAUAUUCUGAAGUUUUCUGAUUUUUAGUUAUUUAUUUAUUUAUUUAAAACUGUCGAAUUUUUUUUUUUUUUAUUUAAUAAAAACUUUGUAAUUUAUUUUUAUCAAUGUUUUAAGUUCAGAUUUAUUUUCAAAUUUGUUAAAAAAAAAUAAAUUUAGUUAAUUUUAAAAAUGUAAAUCAAUUAAAUUUAUAAAAAAAAUUAUUACGUUACUCUAUUCGUUUGAAAUGAUUUAUUGUUGCAUAGAGUAUGUAAACUAAAUUACUCAGUAUAUGCUACCUUCCCGACUUCUCAAACAAAACUGCAGUAACCAAUUCAUGAGGCAAAUUAUUUUUACUGCACAAUUGUUGCAUUAUAAUACAUUGUUUGAACUUUAAAUAGGAAUAAUUUUUUUACAUUUUGUUUAGUGCUUACACAUUUAAUAAAAUAUUGUUUUUAAUAACAACAAUUUUUAUAAUCUCAAACGAAAAAAAAAAUCAAUAAUAGUAUGCCUAACAUGUUUAAUAGGUAAACAGUAAAUACUAAUACAAUUACAACUGGACAAUCUAUUUAUUUAAACAAAAAAUUUAAACUAAAAAAAACACAAAAUGAAGUCAAUCUUAACAACCAGGAUUUAUAAUAAUAAAAGAUGUAAAUAAAAGUUUUAAAGUCCCUUUAAUUUCUGUAUAUUCUUGAUUUAAAAACUUUAGAAUUACAAUGAUUGCAACUAGACUUUUAACUUUAUAUUUGAGUCGUGGUUUCAACUAUGAUUGUGUGCGUUAAUGUUAUUUAACAAUUUGAAACAUAUUUUUAGAAUCAUCUGAUAAAAUUAUUAAUCGUAUAAUUAUACAUUUUCAGAUGUCACGGGGAACGUGGAAAACUUGAUGGAUGAGACUCAGGAAAAACUAGGCACGUUGUUCGGAAAAGCAGAACAAGCACCUGGCAAUAUUAAAAAUUCAGCCAACGAUAAAGUGAAUGAUUCUACUUCAACCACGCCUAAGUAAGUGGCAUUUAUAUCAAAGGGAUGCUUAUAUAUCUAUAAUAAUGAAAUAGUAACAUAAUAUAUUGAAUGCGUACAUACAUUUGACAAUAUUAUAGAUAAUUAUGUAUUUACAUUAAUAUAAUUAAACAAUAAUAUAAAUCAAUAUCAUGUAUUAUUCAUAAUCAUUUAGAAUCUUGUAAAAGUUAGUUUAUAGUAUAUAAUAUAGUUUUUUUUUUUAAAUUAUAAAAUUUAUAAGUGUUAUUCGUGUUUUUUAUUACAUACAAAAGUUAAUACGUGAAGUAGAUACUCGUAUUUUCUUACGUAAAUAGUGUUUUAUAUACAUAUGUUAAACAUUAGUAAAUUACACAAUAUGGGUAACUUAAUUAACUGUAAUUAAUAAAAAUAUGAUUUUUAAAGUUCACAUGUGUUGAUAUAUAGUAAAUAGUUUCACUUCAUUCAUGUAAUAUUAUUUUAUGUAUAACGUUAAAUGUAUAUUACCUACAUGUUUUACUAUACCAUUAAAUAUUCAUAUAUAUAUAUAUAUAUAAAACUAUAUACUUAUAUAUAUACAAGUAUAUAUAAGUUUGCCAAUUAGGUAAAUACACUUUUCAAUAAAAAAUAAUUUCAUUGUAUACAAACAAUUUUUAAAAAAUUCAAAUAUUUCAAUAUAUGAACCAAUUUGAUAUAAUAAUAUUUUGACAUAAAUUUCAGGAAAAUAGAUACCUAAGUACCGACAUUUUAUAUCGAAUUAAAAAUACCUACCUGAAUUCUCUAAAAAGAAAAAUCUCUUUUUUCCUGCAUUUAUUAUAACCAGUCCUUGAUAAUUAAAGCACUUUAAAUCCAUAAAAAAGCACAGAAAAACGCCGAAAAAGUUCCAAGAAAAGCACUAAAAAAUAUUUAAAAAUCUCAAAACGGUAGAGGAAUUUAAAAUUAUAUUUUCUAAUGGCUUUAUAACUUAUUAAAUAUAUUUUCUAACACUACAAAAAUGAUUUAAUUUUUUUUAAAUACGUAAAAUUUUAUUUCAAUAAAAUUACUUUCUAUUGUGUUUUUGUUAUUAUUUUCGUAAUGUUGGAAAAUGUUAUUUAAUAAGUUACAGUCAUAGGAGGAAGGACUUUUAAACCCCUCAACCAUUUUUUUUCUUUUUUCUAAUAAUUUGUUCUAAGUGCUUUCAGGACUUUUUGGAAUUUUUUUAGUAUUUUUCUGUGAAUUUUAAGUGUUAUACGUCCCAAGCCCUGAUUAUAACUAUACAAAUAAAAUGUCAGAUUUAAUAAUUAAUAUUCCCGGAUCACUAUUUCAACCAACUUUAAACAUUAUUAUUAUUAUUGUAUUAGUUAAUUUAUGUUAGAAGUACAUACGUAAUGUGUAUUCACCCUUAUGUUUAUUAAAUAUUAAUAUUACAGAGUUUGUGGUGUAAAAAAAAAUCAUUAAUAUUUUAUCUUUAUUGAACACAAUUUUAUGGUGGAACUCGGUUCUUAGAGCUUACAAAGACCACUAAAAAAAUCAUUAUUUGAAGUGUCCACAGUCCACAUGCUAGUAUAAUCUACCGUACCUUGACCUUUGACUGUUGAACACGCAAGUCGUCAGUUAGUAACACUACUAUGUGCUUAUAAUCAAGAUCAACAUGUAUUUACAUUAAUAUUAACGUUUUAAAAGGUAAUCAUUUUAUUUUGGGUGUUUUUUAGAAAAUCUAAAAUGCAUGAAGUAAUUCUGGUCACGAUUGAAGAAACUAGAGUGAUACCAAUAGAUAAUAUAGUUAACUCAGAAAUGCCAAAAAAUAAAAAUCCGGUAAAUAUUGAAAAAGUAUUUAAUGAAAUUAAAGAUAAUGAAAAACAAAACGAAGACAACGAAAAUCUGAAAGAAGAUAAAAUCAAGAUAGAAAAAGUAGAAGAAAAAAUUGAGAAAGAACAAGUUAAAGAAGAAGAAAGGGAAACGGUCAACGUAGAAAAAGAGAACCUAGCUAUAACAGAAGUGCCAACUGUGGUAGAAGAACCAAAAGUGGUGGAAGAACCAGCUGUAAUAGAAGAGCCAGCUAUAGUGGAAGAACCGGCUGUGAUGGAAGAACCAGCUAUGGUGGAAGAACCAGCAGUUACGGAAGAACCAGCAGUCACGGAAGAACCAGCAGUCACGGAAGAACCAGCAGUCACGGAAGAACCAGUUGCGAUGGAAAAACCAAUUGUGACGGAAGAACCAACUGUGGCAGAAGAACCGGCUAAGGUAGAGGAACCAGUUGUGGUAGAAGAACCGGUUAUAGCGGAAGAUCCAGUUAUGGCGGAAGAACUAGUUACGAUGGAAGAACCAAUUUUGACGGAAGUACCAACUGUAACGGAAGAACCAACUGUAACGGAAGAACCUACUGUAACGGAAGAACCAACUGUAACGGAAGAACCAACUGCAACGGAAGAACCAACUGUGGUAGAAAAACCAACUGUGGAAGAAGAACCUACUGUGGUGGAAGAACCAACUGUGGCAGAAGAACCAGUUGAAGUAGAAGAACCAGCUGUAGUAGAAGAAUCAGCAGAAGAACUAGAAAAAAUGUCCAAAUUAGAAGAAGAAGAAAAAGAAGAAGAAGAAGAAAUUGAAAGUAAUGGAGUGAAAAAUCUUGAAGCAGAAGAAUAAAUAUCAAAUUAAAUAAUCAAUGUAUGACAAAAAAAUAAAAACAUUAAUAAAGAAACAAAACCGAAGUCCUGUGUAGUGUAUAAUGAG